AUGGUUGACGCCGAAGCUGUGCUCGCAGCCGAGCUGCAGGAGAGCAGGAGGAGGGCGGAGGAGCUCUCGGCAUUGCUGGAGGCAGAGAGGAGGAGGGCUCAGGAGGCAGAGAGGAAGCUGUAUGAGAAGGAGAGGCUGCUGAGAGAAAGCGAGAAAACUCCUCUUGACGAGCGAGUGGUCGAAGGCGUGCGGAGGAGGUUCGAGGAGGACGAGAUCGCCCUCAAACAGCAUGCUCAGAGGUUCUCCAACGCGGCGUCUGCCAUAGACGUCGUGAUACCCGGGCUCAAGGCGAACGCGAAAGCUGUGCAGGAUCAGAUCGCGACUCACUUCUCGUUCCUGAGGAAGCAACUCAAGGACAGGGAGGAGAAGCUUCUGGCGGUGGUGGAGGGGCUGGCGAGCGAGAAGCUCCGGGCGCUGGAGACCCAGAAGGAAAGGAUGCAGAGCAUCGUGAGCUCCUGCGAGAGGGCAAUCUCGAGCACCGACGAGCUGCUCAAGGGAGACGACUGGUCGCUGCUCACCAAGAAGGAUGCGGUUGCCGAGCAGGUCGCUGCUGCUAUCGCCGGCACCUGCAAACUCGAUGCGGAGUGGUCGGAGAAGAUUCAAGCGAACCUGCCGGGAACUUUAGAAGAGAUCAUCGAGUCCCAUGGAGUUGUUUCCCUCGCGUCCAUCGAUAUGCCCGAGACCGAGUGGCACAAGGACCUCGCGGUUGUUUCGCGGAUCGCCGAACCUCCGCGUCACCUGAAGUCCAGCAGAGCCAGUCAGGGAAACAGCGACUUCGGCUUCAUGUUCGAU